UUCAAAAGCCCAUUGUACGCCGGGAAAACUGAAGACCAAUGGAGCCGCCGGAGUGCCCAGUGUGCCUGCAGCCUUAUGAGUUCGCCGGCGACUCUGUACCUCGAGUCCUCCCUUGCGGCCACUCUACCUGCGAGUCCUGCCUCUGCGCCCUUCCACGGCGCCCGGCCGCCCCAUCCACCGUCCGUUGCCCCGCAUGCAAUAUACUGGUCCGCAUCCCUGACCUCGGUCCCUCCGCCCUCCCUAAGAAUAUCGAUCUCCUACGAUUCUGCUCCCCGGAUUACCGAUCUCUAGACCGAGAGACAAGCCCCAACCCCAAUUCCAAACCAAAUCCUUAUCCCAUUCUCCUCCCACUCCCCUGGACCGAAGACCUCUACGCCAAAUGGAAAGACUUGGUUCUUCCCCAUGAUUCGAUCUCCUUAGUCACCUUCGAGUCUGGAUUGGGAACUGCCACUGCUUCUCUUUACUGUUCAUCUUCCUCCCAUAGGAACCGUAAGGCGAUCCUCCUUCCCUUAGACACUUUGAGCUCUUUCAGCGCCAAGCGCGGGCGUUUACGGCCAAGUUAUCUGGCGAGAGUGAUGAAUUCGCUGCAGCAGAUGGGGGAAGACGGAAUGAAUCAGCUGCGUUUACUAAUGAACGCUUCAUCAAGUUGUCGUCGGGGGAUUUCAAGUGUUUUCGGGUUGUGGAUGGAUCCGGAGGAGGAGAUUUCUCGCCUUUUUAUUGUCUGUGAGAGGUUUGAGAAAGGGGUUUUGGAUGUUUUGACCGAGAAGAUGAAUAUCAACGACGUGGUUGCUUUUUCCAUGAUGGCUAUGGAGAUGUGCGAAGCGGUGAUGGCACUGCAUUCUGAGUGCUUUGUCUGUGGAUGUUUGUUACCUGAUUGCUUUGUAUUUGACGAGCAUGGGCAUUGUAUCCUUGAUUUAAGCAGAGUUUUGGUUAGUGGAAAGAGAAUUCGUCUUAUGAUGAGUGGUUGUACUUCGGUAUCUGAUUCAGCGGUUUUUGCAAGCCCGGAAGUCGUUAUUUCUUUGCAGGGCAGUCUUAGUUCUUCUGAUUGUGGUUUUGAUGAUUUUGUGGGUUAUGGGUCAGAUGUUUGGUCAUUGGCUUGUGCCAUAGCUAUGAUUCUUUUAGGUGAUGCCAUGCUUGGGAACGAACUGUUUCAGAGAUUUUGUGAUAACUUCGCUAGAGACCCCUCUGGACAUUUUAAGGAGAUAUUGUUUGAUCAUUACGAGGUCUGGAAGGAAAAUUUAGUCUCCAAAUUGGAGGCUUUGCUUUUGGAAACUAAGCUAGAGUCAUUACUUCAAGUGCUCACAUCAAGCCUAAGUUAUCAACCACAAAACCGCCCUCAAGUUAAAGAGCUGUGGAGUUGCAUUAGGAGCUUGCUAACCAAAACUCAGGUGGCUUCAUUGGCUGCAACGGAUUCUUCUGAAGUAAAGGAGAAUUUUGUUAGCUGUUUGAUAAUUGGAGACAUGUGUUUGGUGCUUCCUGAAACUAACAACCUUUCGACAAAACUAGCGACAGGUGGUGCGUUAGUUGAACAUUUUAAUAUUGGUCAGGUUUGUACGGGCAGACAUAUGGUAAAAUGUAUGAAGCAAGAUGAAGUUGAUGCAGAACAUAGUGAAAGGUUGGACGUUAAUGAUUUUAAUUCAAUUAGUAUUGAGGCUCACCACGACUGCAUUACAGCAUUAGCUAUUGGAGGAGGUUAUCUAUUUAGCGCAUCCUUUGACAAGACCAUCAAAAUGUGGUUUCUGCAGGACUUCUCUCUUGUGCAAACCCUUAAAGGACAUGAACAUAAAAUCAUGGCUAUGGUUGUUAUAGAUGGAGCCCAGCCACUUUGCAUUAGUGGUGAUAGUUCAAGUGGAAUUUUUGUUUGGCGCAUUAGUAACUCUUCUAGUCAAGAAUUGCUAAAAAGUUGGUAUGAGCAUGAUGAUUGGCGCUAUAGUGGUAUCCACUCAUUGGUUGCAUCAGGAACUAGUCAUCUAUACAGUGGUGGUGGUGACAAAUCAGUUAAAGCAUGGUCAUUACAGGAUUACUCCCUUUCUUGUGUAAUGACAGGUCACAAAUCAACUGUAUCCUCAUUAGCUGUAUCGGAUGGAGUUCUGUACAGUGGAAGUUGGGAUGGCACCAUUCGGCUAUGGUCCCUUUAUGACCAUUCUCUUUUGUCAGAGUUGAGCGACAACACAACUGGUGGUUCUUAUCCUCUUUUGUCGCUUUCUGUCAACCAUCAUUUGGUUAUUUCUUCAUAUGAAGAUGGGUGUGUGAAGGUUUGGAGGAAUGAUAUGUUUGUUAAAUCAAUAAAAAUUCAGAAGGGUGCAAUUUUUGCACUGCAUGUAGAUUCAAAAUGGAUGUGCACUGGAGGUUGGGAUAUGACAGUUAGCAUUCAGGAGCUUAUAGAAGAUGAGUUGCAAGUGGAUGUCAGACCUGUGGCUUCUCUAAUUUUUGAUUCUGUGAUAACUUCUCUAUUACAUUGGCAUGGGAAACUUUUUGUAGGAUUCUCGAACAAGAUUAAGGUAUUCCAUACUUCCAGCUGAAAUCCAAAUGUUGGAUCAGCCAAUAAAUUGAACUGGUUUGUGUUUGGAACUUGUUUGGCUGGGUUGAUAGGGAAGUGAUCAUCCUGUGGUCAAUCAGUUUUGUGAAUAAUCUCUCUCGCACAUUAACAAAGAAUGAACUUAAAAAGCCUACAAUACGUUGUAUAUGCCCAUAAGUUGAUCUUCAAUGGAGGGCCAAAGCUUCCUGCUAAUAUUUCAAUGAAGGAAACCAUCGGAAAAGGAGCUCAUGCAGAGUACAAUAGAGCUAUUUUCCUUCUGUAAAUGUGUAAGGUUACCCCAUGCACAUAUUUUUUCUUUUUCUUCUGGAGAAAAUGCAGAAGAUGGAAACUGCAGAGGGGAAAAAUGAGUAGGAUUAUAUGUAAAUCUUCUGAAUCUCUUCAGAUAUAACCAGCAAAGUUGUAUUAAAAAUCAUUUAAUUGUUGACAAAAACAACUUGUUGUCGUUAGAAACCAGUUAUGCAGGUGGUCUUUUAAUU